GUGCGCAGAAAAAUAGGGCGUUGUGGAGACUCCCUCAUUCAUUCGCGGAGAAAACUCUCUUCUCUUAAAGACGUAGACGUGCGCUAUGCCACCUCUAACGGCGCUGGGGGGAGACGGGGAGACGGCGUUCUGACUCGGUCCCAGUCGUGCAGCAGGAGAGCCCCGAUGCGUGCACGCGGUGCGCGCAGCGUAACUAACGGCCGAUAGCCUCCAACUUCCACCCCGCAAGUUUACGAGCCGCCGGGGCGUUGUACUUGUUUGAUUCCUCGUGGCGUGCAACUGAUUAGGAGCUGAAUUAAGAGGUCCCUUUCUUCGCUCGCUCGGGCACAGACGGGAUCAAAACGACCCAUUGUGUGCAUCUGAGGCGCUCGUUGACGAGGACAUGGCCAAGUUAUUCCGGGCGGCUAUCAUGGGUCCACCUGGAUCAGGAAAAGGAACCAUAUCCAAGAGGAUCGCGCAAAGCUUUGGCCUGCAGUACCUGUCCAGUGGCCACUACCUACGAGAGAGCAUAGCGGCGAAUACAGAGGCCGGCGUGCUGGUGAAGACCUACGUGGACAGAGGCAUGCUGGUGCCGGACCACGUGAUGACCAGACUGAUGCUGCCGCGGCUGGAGCAGCUGGGCGGCCACAGCUGGCUGCUGGACGGUUUUCCCCGGACCCUGGCGCAGGCGCUGGCGCUGAACAGCCUGUAUCAGCUUGACUUGGUCAUCAGCCUUAACAUCCCCUACGAGACCCUGCGGGAGCGACUCAGCGACCGCUGGAUCCACCCCGCCAGCGGGAGGGUCUACAACAUGGGCUUCAACCCGCCCCGAGUGCAGGGUAAAGACGACGUCACCGGCGAGCCUCUGAUUCAGCACGACGAUGACAAGCCAGAAGCCCUGAUGGCCCGACUCAGACACUACAAGGACGUGGCCAAGCCUGUCAUAGACGUGUACAAGACACAGGGGAUCCUCCACUCGUUCUCUGGCACCGACACCAAUCGGAUCUGGCCUUAUAUCAACUCCCUCCUCAGCACCAAGAUGCACACGCAGCCCACAGAAACCUGCCGAACGCAGACGCCCUGACGCGGCCGGGAACCAGGGGACAGCGGGGAAACGUCAGAGGCUGCAGAGGAAGUGGGUCGAGGCUCCUCCAGGCUGGGUGUCAGGUUUCAUGGUUAAUGGACUGGCGCUGAACAACUCUGUAGUCUGCCAACGUGUUUUUGAACACAAGCUUUAUAAGGUAGAUUGCAUAGGAUCCCUAAUACAUUUUACUUUUUUAUAGUGAUCUGACCUAAAAACAGCCCAACAGCAUAAAUAAUAUUUAUUUACCGGCGGCACCUCACAACCAAUAUUCUAUUCACUAGAAACCAUAAGACAUCCAGUUUAAAACUGUAAACCAAAACUGUAAUUCAAGGAUAUAGUAAAAAUUAUACAGUGAACUUUGAUAAAGUGUUGCGCCAAAAGAAUUUUAAUGGAAGCAAUAAGAGACGAUAUUGAAUUAAAUCUAUAUUUGAUUUGUUUUAUAAAUUGUAGUUUUGUACCGAUGCAAACAUUCAUCUCUAAUGCUUAAUAGAUUUGGGGCGAAACUCUUUAAAUACCGGACAAAGUGCAAAUACUUUAUGAGGAACUAAAGAGCUGUUUUUCUUAAAUGCACCGACAGAUUCACAGAGAAUCAGUCUUUCGUAGUCAUUUAGGGGUUAAAUCUUUUCUACUCUGUUUCUGUCACUCUAUAAAGGGUUUAUCUUACCUUGGGUUGGUACUGGAGCUGUAAGCGAAGCUUACGACUGUUACAUUCCUUUAAAUAUAUUGUGCUGUAAGGUGUUAGAGCUCCACACUCAUGAGAUUAUCACCAUUAUCAUAUGAAGCGUGUGCAGUUUGUUCAGCUUUAAAAUAGCAGUGGGUUGUAACUUUAGUCUGAAUUGAUCAUUUUUAUAUUUUGAUGAUGAACAACAUUCAUUUCAUUUCAUAUUCAUUUGCAUGUCCAGUAUUUCCUUAGCAUGCAGCUACUUUCUAAACCAUUUCUCAACCAUUCAGAGAGAAUAAAGUGUAAACCGCUUGCAGAGACCAUUCUAAGCUGGACUUUAUCAGGAGACCAAAGAGGUGUGAGUGCGAGUGUCGGUGCCUUCAGGUGCAGACGUGUGCGGCUGGUGUGUGUCCGGUCCCGUCCAUGAAGUGGGAGGUGCUCAGCAGUCUGCUUUCUGCUGGGCCCAGUGUGUCUGGGAUGCUCGGCCCGUUUGGGCUUAUGGUGUAAGUGGAGACAGACUCGACCGCACCCCUCAGCUGUUGUGUAACUGUGGCUUCUGUCUUCCCCAUUUUUGUGACAUGCACGUGUGGUGUUACAUUUCCAGAACAAUAAAACACUCUGGUGGCUGCUUCCAUUGUCAUGCAAA